UGUCUCAAAAGACUUACGAAAUCAGUUUUGUAAUUGUAUCAAUAUAAUGGCCAAUAAUCUUACAGAGUUGGAAGUUAACAUCCUUAAGUGUUUGCAUAAUAUAAGUUGCUGCUUGAUAUGUUCGUUACGAUUCUGUGAAGCAAAUUUUAUGGACCCGAACUUUUUUUUCAAAUCUUUUCUAUCAAAGGCGCUGUUAUUAAAUGAAUACAACUCAUUGCAGCAAAAAGAUUUAUGUACCAUGUGUGUAGGCAUACUUCAGUUCAAUAAUAUAAGGUCAUCUCUGAAGAAGAUAAAAAUUCAAUUAAAUAAAUUUUACUACGAUUCUACUAGUGUCAAUUACACAUUAAACGUUCCUACUUCUAUUUAUAUUAGAGAACGAUCAAUUAGUGAAUAUUUAUGUCUUCAGAUGAAUUUUUCAAGUUUUAAUUACAACAUGCAUCCGAAAAUUCAGAGCUUAAAAGACACUUGGAAAUAUUUAAUAAAUUUGGAAGUCACAUGGAUGAGCAGCCUAUUCAAAAAAGUUACAAGUUUGCGAUCAUCUGUCAGGCUUGAUGUAUUUUAUUUUUACAUUGAUGAUCAAGAUGAGUGUUUAACAUUGUUGGAGAACUAUAAUCACUUGAAAAAUCGAAGUACAAACUAUUUAAAGCAACUCAUUAUAAACAAAAAAAUUGUUGACGACAUAGUUAUAUGUACCGUAAACGAAAAAUUUAAUCAGUAUUUUUCAGUUCCACCACCGAUACCGAUACAUACAGCAAUGAUAAAAAAAUUAGAAUUCAGAUGUGAAAGUGUGUUUAUUGGUGAUGAUCAUCAGUUAGCGUGGGGUCUAGAGAGUAUGAUGGAUGUCUUAAAACUUCUAAGCCAAGAGACAUAUAAGUUUGAUGGAUAG